AGGAAACAACCCUCGUGUUAUUAUCCACGAGUGUAAAAGGUACACACAAAUUGCAAACACUUUGCGAGGAGUUCGAGAAUCAGGCAUGUCUUCGUACACCUGCAUUAGCUGCCGGGUGCAGUUUUCUGAUGGAGAGGUACAGCGGGCUCACUACAAAACAGACUGGCAUCGCUACAACCUGAAACGCAAAGUGGCAGAUAUGCCUCCCGUCACUGCCGAGAACUUCCAGGAGCGUGUCCUGGCGCAGCGGGCAGCGGCUGAUCAGCAAGGGGAGGCCAGUGGGCAGGGCUCUACCUGUGCCACCUGCAACAAGAAGUUCUCCAGUGCCAACGCCUACACCAACCAUCUUCAAUCUAACAAGCAUCAGCAGGCAGAGAAGAAAGCUCUGGCCGCAGCUCAGGAGAAGGUUCAGCGAAUGAAUGAGAAGAACCUGGAGAAAGGGACAGAGAUGGAUAAGGAUGCCCAGAAUGAAGCAUUGCAGCAGGCACUCAGGGAGCAACAAAGACACACACCUUCCAGAACCACAUCCACAGAGAAGAGGGAGAAGACAAGGCCAGACGUACCACCACGACUGCUGUGGUUUGAGCAGCAAGCAAAGAAGUUAGCAGCAGAGGAGGGUGCUGAGGUCGAGGAAGAAGAGUGGGAGGACGUCGAUGAAGAUGAUGAUGAUGAUGAUGAUGAUGAUUAUGAUAUGGAGGCUGAAGAAGAGGAGGCAGAGGAACAGGUGGAGGAGGGCCCGGCCUCUAAGCCGACCCCUCCCCCCGGUGCCAUUCCAGUGACGAACUGUCUGUUCUGUGGUCACCAUUCUCGCACACUGAGCAAAAACAUGGCUCACAUGACCAAAGAGCACACCUUCUUCCUGCCAGACGUAGAGUACUUAGUGGACCUGGAAGGGCUCAUUGCAUAUCUGGGUGAGAAGGUGGGCGUGGGAAACGUGUGUUUAUGGUGUAAUGAGAAAGGCAGGUCCUUUUACUCCGUAGAGGCGGUGCGGGGACACAUGUUCGAUAAGAGUCACUGUAAACUCUACACCGAUGGAGAUGCUGCACUCGAGUUUGCUGACUUCUAUGACUUCAGGAGUAGCUAUCCAGACGCCGGGGACGUCGAGAUGAACGACGGGGAGCUGCCUGAUGAGAAGAAUGUAGAAUUUGAUGAGGACACGCUGGAACUGACUCUACCCUCAGGAGCAAAGGUUGGCCAUCGAUCUCUAAUGCGAUAUUACAAGCAGCACUUUCGGCCGCAGAAGGCAGUGGUCCGGGCCCACAACCAGAAGGCAGUGGGACGUGUGCUCAAACAGUACCGGGCUCUGGGCUAUGGAGGAGACGCAGGUAAGGGCUUUAUGCUCCAACAGCAGAAGGACAUGGCGUGCGUCCAGAGGAUGAAGUCCAGGUGGAUACUCAAGAUGGGAAUGAAUAACAAUGCCACCAAGCAGCCUCACUUCAGAGCACAAGUCAUGUUCUGAUCAUCUCCAGCUGAAGUGCCAGGAGACAGAAUACUGUCAGUUCUUCGGACAAGACUCAUCAUGUCACUACAGUUUCGUGGCCUGUUUUGCUCAGUUAUGGAGAGAAUGUUUGGAUUCUCUAUCAGAGCUCUCAUUAUACUCAAUGACAACUAGGAUACAGCUGAGCCUCUCAGCAGAGUUUGCACAUUUUUCUCAACCUCAGAUUGAAUUAUAUUCCAAAUAUAAUAAAAAGUCAACUUGAGAUUUAAAGUAAUCAUCAUUGUAAUUGUCAACUAUAAGUAAUAGUUUGCGAGUUUAUGUCUCCUUGAUUUUUUUGAUGAU